GCCGGGCCGGGCCGGGCCGGGCCGGGCCGGGGCGUGUCCGGAGCGUGUCCAGGCCGGUGGUGAGCGCUGCGCCGGGCGCCGCUGGCCGCGUCCUGCUGCGCGGCCAUGUGGCUCCGGCCCGAGGAGGUGCUGCUCAAGAACGCGCUGCGGCUGUGGGUGACCCAGAAGAGCAGCUGCUACUUCGUGCUGCAGCGGCGCCGCGGCCACGGCGAGGGCGCGGGACGCCUGUCGGGCCGCCUGGUAGGUGCUCUGGACGCUGUGCUGGACUCCAGUGCCCGGGUCGCUCCCUUCCGGAUCCUGCUGCAGGUCCCAGGCUCCCCGCUCUACUCGCCCAUAGCAUGCGGUGCCACGUUAGAGGAAAUAAACCAGCACUGGGACUGGCUGGAGCAGAACCUCGUGCACACCUUGUCUGUCUUUGACAAUAAAGACGACAUCGCCAGCUUCGUCAAGGGGAAGGUGAAGGCUCUGCUCAUGGAGGAGGCCCGCAGCAGGCUGGCGGAGCAGGAGGAGGAGCCCGAGAAGUUCCGGGAGGCCCUGGUGAAGUUCGAGGCCCGGUUCGGCUUCCCGGACGCGGAGCGGCUGGUCACCUACUACUCGUGCUGCUGCUGGAAGGGCCGCGUGCCCCGCCAGGGCUGGCUCUACCUCAGCGCCCACCACCUGUGCUUCUACUCCUGCUUCCUGGGCAAGGAGCUGAAGCUUGUGGUCCCCUGGGUGGACGUCCAGAAGCUGGAGAGGACGUCCAACGUCUUUCUGACCGACACCAUCCGCGUCACCGCCCGGGGCAAGGAGCGUGAUUUCUCCAUGUUCCUGAGCCUCGAGGCGGCCUUCGGGGUCAUGGAGCAGCUGGCAGACGUGACACUCCGGAGGCUCUUGGACAACGAGAGCUUCGAGCUGGACCCCCACCUGCAGGACCCCAGCCAGAUCACCAAGAGGGACCUCGAGGCCCGUGCGCAAAACGAGUUCUUCCGGGCCUUCUUCAGGCUGCCCCGCCAGGAGAGACUGCACGCGGUGGUGGACUGCUCCCUCUGGACGCCCUUCAGCCGCUGCCACACCCCCGGGCGCUUGUUCGCGUCGGACACUUACAUCUGCUUUGCCAGCAAGGAAGACGGGUGUUGCAACGUCAUCCUGCCCCUCCGAGAGGUGCUGAGCAUCGAGAAGAUGGAGGACACAAGCCUGCUGCCCCAGCCCAUCAUCGUCAGCGUCCGGAGCAAGAUGGCCUUCCAGUUCAUUGAGCUCACGGACAGGGACCGCCUGGUGGAGGGGCUGCUGGCGCGACUGGAGCGGGUGCACGGCCGCCACCCGGAGCCCGCCGAGGCCUCCCGGCAGGGGACUGCGCCUGCAUCUCACCCGACCAGCACGAGUGGCGAGCACAGGUUUGGGGGUCCAGAGACGGCACCAUCGCAGAGCCCCGAGGCAGGCGAGAAGGCGUCUCGGCCCUGGCUGCACCCCGAGGCCCUGAUCACCGUCUUCCAGCAGCUGGGCCGCCAGAGCCCAGAGUCCAGAACGUCCCGUGAGCAGGUCAAGACGAGCUUGUGGCACGACCACUUCGCGGAGUUCGGCAGGACCGUCUGCAUGUUCCGCACUGACAAGAUCCGCAAGCUCGUGGCCAUGGGGGUCCCGGAGGCCCUGCGUGGCAGACUCUGGCUGCUCUUCUCAGGUGCCGUCACCGACCUGGCCUCGCACCCGGGCUACUACGGGGCGCUGGUGGAGGCGUCCCUGGGCCGGAGCAGCCCCGUGACGGAGGAGAUUGAGCGCGACCUGCACCGCUCGCUGCCCGAGCACCCAGCCUUCCAGAGCGACACGGGCAUUGCGGCCCUGCGGCGCGUGCUGACGGCCUACGCCCACCGGAACCCCCGCAUCGGGUACUGCCAGUCCAUGAACAUCCUGACCUCCGUGCUGCUGCUCUACGCCCGGGAGGAGGAGGCCUUCUGGCUGCUGGUGGCCGUGUGCGAGCGGAUGCUGCCCGACUACUUCAACCAGCGCGUCAUCGGGGCCCAGGUGGACCAGUCCGUGUUUGAGGAGCUCAUCAGGACGCACCUGCCCGCGCUGGCCGAGCACCUGAGUGACCUCUCGACCCUGGCGUCCGUCUCGCUCUCCUGGUUCCUGACGCUCUUCCUCAGCAUCAUGCCCCUGGAGAGUGCGGUCAGCGUGAUGGACUGCUUCUUCUACGACGGCAUCAAGGCUGUCUUCCAGCUGGGGCUGGCCGUGCUGGAGGCCACCGCCGAGGAGCUGUGCCGUAGCCGGGACGACGGCCAGGCCCUGCUGGUGCUGGGCAGGUUCCUGGAUCGAGUCCGGAACGAGGACAGCCCAGGGCCGGCCUUAGGCAGCCGCCGCGCUGCCUUCUCGGAUGCGGACCCGGACGGGCCCCCGGCGCCGGACAUCGCGGAGCUGAUCCAGGACGCCUACGAGAGGUUCGGGGACCCGUCGGUGGAGCGACUGGAGCACCUGCGCUGCAGGCACAGGGUCAGGGUCCUGCAGGGCCACGAAGAGACCACCAAGCAGAACGUGCUCCGCGUCGUGGCCCCCGAGGUGUCCAUCCCGCCCGAAGACCUCGAGGAGCUGUACGACUUAUUCAAGCGGGAGCACAUGCUGAGCUGCUACUGGGAGCGGCCCGCGCCCCUGGCCCGCCACGACCCCGGCCGGCCCUACGCCGAGCAGUACCGCGUCGACGCCCACCAGUUCUCUCAUCUCUUCCGGCUGGUUGCACCCUGGGCCUGCGGGGCCCACACCGAGGUCCUCGCCAAACGGACCUUCCGGCUGCUGGACGCCAGCACAGACAGGCUCAUCGGCUUCAAGGCCUUCGUCAGCUGCCUGGAUAUCAUGUAUCACGGAGAAAUGAAUGAGAAAAUCAGACUGUUAUAUCGACUCCACAUCCCUCCAGCGCUCACUGAGGAUGACCAGGAUAGCCAUUCUCCGCUGAAGAGCCCUCUGCUGUCCACCUCCAGGCCCCUGGUUCUGGUCAAGUCCAACGGUGACGCUGCUGAUUAUCAGAAACAGCUGAAGCAGAUGAUCGAGGAUCUAGCCAAAGAGAAGGAAAACGCCGAGAAGGAGCUGCCCCAAAUGAGCCAGAGAGAAUUUAUCCAGUUCUGCAAGACCUUGUACAGCAUGUUCCAUGAGGACCCACAGGAGAACGAGCUGUACCAGGCCAUGGCGACGGUGACCACCCUGCUGCUGCAGAUUGGGGAGGUGGGGCAGUGGGGUCCCCGGGCACGCGAGGAGCAGCUGCCCGCAGCUCAGUGUCCCGACCAGGACUUGCCUCCCGAUGACCCUGGAAAGGCUUCCCGAGGCUCCCAGCCUGGCCCCCGGGAGGCUCAAGGGGCCGAUGGGGACUGGACUGUUUCCCUAGAACACAUCUUGGCAUCACUCCUGACUGAACAGUCACUAGUCAACUUCUUUGAAAAGCCACUAGACAUGAAACCCAAACUUGAAAAUGCCAAGACGAACCAGUACAGCAUCAGGACUUUGGAGAUGAGCUGCCGGGCAGCCACAACUCCAGCCGAGUGACAGCCGCCAGGCCAGCCUUGCACCCACGUCUUCAGAGGCCUGUUGAGAAUACACGGGCACGCGGGUGGGGAACCAGGCCACCUCACCCAUCAGCCUGGGCAAUCCUAGGCUGCCAGCCCGACCUUCUCUAACAGGAUGCAGGAGCUAGGUCUGGCUUAUUGAUCCAGACAGAAUGGAAACAAGUUGGAAACAAACUUGCUUUCCAGAGCGUCUACCUGGGCAAUUUGUUUUUUGCACUAAUUUUGUUUCAAUGCUGGUAAUUGAAACGUUAGAAUAUAUUUGGUUGUAUUCAUUUUUGUUCCCCCCCAAAAUCUUGUAUACAAAACUUGCUUUCAAUAUUGGUCUCC